GGCGGAGUGGCAACUCUAUAGAACAAGAUGGUAUUUUUCGAUUCAUCGACAAUUUUUCUAAUAGCAACUAUUGUAGUGUUGUAAGGUGGAAAAUUCAAUCUCCAGACUACAAGGACGGAAAUCACUUCUCAUUAUUUGCAAAAAUGGCCGACGAUGAAAAUGAAGACCAGAAAGAGUACCGAUGGGAGACCGGAUACGAAAAAACAUGGGAAGCAAUCAAAGACGACGAGGAUGGUCUACUCGACGGGGCAAUUUCCGAAAUCAUCCAGAAGGCUAAGCGGCAGAGGCUGGCACAGAAAACAAAGCAAAACCGGCUUGGCAUGAUGCGACACCUUUUCGUCAUAUUGGAUUGCUCCGAAUCGAUGAGCGUACCGGAUUUGAAGCCCACAAGACUGCGGUGCACCAUUAAGCUGUUGGAGCAGUUCAUCGAAGAGUUCUUCGACCAGAACCCCAUUAGUCAGCUGGGAAUAAUUGCACUUAAGGCCAAAAGGGCCGAGAAGGUAACUGAACUGACCGGGACGUCGCGAGUUCAUCUAAAGGCGUUGGAAAGCUUGGUAAACGUGUCUCUGACAAGCGAACCAUCGCUUCAAAACGGUUUAGAUCUAGCGCUAAAAACUCUUAAAGUGGUACCUUCGCAUGCAUCUCGCGAGAUUGUCGUCAUAAUGGGAUCGCUUACCACCUGCGACCCGGUCGACAUCAACCUUACCAUAGACGAGCUGAAAAAAGAAGGCAUUCGGUGCUCUGUCAUAUCAUUAUCCGCGGAAAUUCAUGUAGCCCGCUAUUUAACUCAACAGACGCUGGGAACUUUUGGUGCAGUCCUAGACGAUGCCCACUUCCGCGAUCAGCUUAUGUCGCAAGUGGACCCGCCACCAGCGGCAAAGACGCAGCAUAACUCCCUUAUUCGUAUGGGCUUUCCCCACACCAAGAAUGAGGUGGAGGGUAAGGACGCGCCAUUGUCUAUGUGCAUGUGUCACAUUGAAAACUUGGAGGAGCCCAGUAUAUUAUGCACUACUGGUCACCAUUGCCCCCAAUGUAACAGCAAAUACUGCGAAUUGCCUGUUGAGUGCCAAUCCUGUGGUCUUACCCUUGUGUCUGCUCCUCAUCUGGCACGUUCCUAUCACCACUUGUUUCCUGUGCCAAACUUCGAGGAGGUAAAUUUUGAAUCGAUGCCGGCAGUUUCCUCCGACUACAAUGGCGGUGUAAAGGAAUGCUACGCCUGUGCCAAGGUUCUUAGCUUUGUCGGCGACAAAAGUGUCUUCAAAUGUGGAUUUUGCCAGCAGUUCUUUUGCAUUGACUGCGAUGCGUUCAUACACGAAACCCUACACGCGUGUGUUGGUUGCAACACUAUUCCCGGAGUUGAUGGCCUAGUGUAUCAGCAGAGUACAAAGCCUACAUCUGAGGAUCCGCGUUAGAAAUCUUCAAUUAUUGCGCAAAGUUAAAAAAAUAUAACUGCUUUAAAACAAGUAAAUGUAGGUAGCUUAGUUAAGCCUUUUGUAAGAGACCAGAAUAUAUAAGCUUUACAAUUAA